AUGGCAGAAGAAGAUAUUAGUGGAGAAGACUAUCCAACAGAAAUUCAUGACUAUCUGUCAGCUUUUGAGAAUUCCCUUCAUUCUGUGGAUGAAAUGCUGAAGACCAUGAUGUUAGUUUCUAGAAAUGAGUUAUUACAAAAGUUGGACCCACUUGAACAGGCCAAGUUGGAUUUAGUUUCUGCUUAUACAUUGAAUUCAAUGUUUUGGGUUUACUUGGCCACUCAAGGAGUUAAUCCCAAGGAACAUCCAGUAAAGCAGGAAAUAGAUGGAAUAAGAAUAUAUAUAAACAGAGUCAAAGAAAUUACAGACAAGAAAAUGGCUGCCAAACUGGAUAAAGGAGCUGCUUCAAGAUUUGUAAGAAAUGCUCUCUGGGAAGCCAAACCAGAAAAAGGAUCAAAGUCCUCAAAUAAAGGAAAAAGGAAAAAGUGAAUCUUUGGU